GCUACCAGGUGACAGGCGUGUUCAUGAAGAACUGGGACCCUCUGGAUGAGCAGGGAGCUUGCUCCAGUGACAGAGAUUGUGAGGAUGCUUACCGCGUUUGCCAGAGGCUUGAUAUCCCGUUCCACCAGGUUUCCUACGUGAAGGAAUACUGGAAUGAAGUAUUCAGUGACCUCUUAAAAGAGUAUGAAUUGGGAAGGACACCUAAUCCUGAUAUUGUGUGUAACAAGCACAUCAAAUUCAGCCACUUUCUGCAUUAUGCUGUGGAUAACCUUGGAGCAGAUGCAAUUGCUACUGGGCAUUAUGCUAGGACCUCGCUGGAGGAUGAGGAAGUGUUUCAGCAGAAGCUUAGUAAAAAACCACAGAGGCUUUUCAGAAACCGUUUUGAAGUUAGAAAUACUGUGAAACUCCUUCAAGGGGCUGAUCUCUUUAAGGACCAGACCUUCUUUCUAAGUCAGAUCUCACAGGAUGCUUUGAGGAAAACCAUAUUCCCUUUAGGGCAUUUAACAAAAAGUUUUGUAAAGAAGAUAGCAGCAGAACAUGACCUUCAUCAUGUGCUAAAGAAAAAAGAGGCAUGUACCAUGUUUCCUUUUCAGAGCAUGGGAGUCUGUUUCAUUGGUGAAAGAAACUUUGAAAAUUUCCUUCUUGAGUAUUUGGAACCUCAGCCAGGUAACUUUGUUUCCAUUCAAGAUAAGAAGGUGAUGGGAACACACAAAGGUUGGUUCCUCUACACAAUAGGCCAGAGGGCUAGGCUAGCAGGCCUGAAGGAAGCUUGGUUUGUUGUAGAUAAAGAUGUCAGCACUGGAGAUGUCUAUGUGGCACCAACAAGAGAUCACCCUGCUCUGUACAGAGACCUGUUGAGGACAAACCGAGUGCACUGGAUAGCAGAGGAGCCUCCUGCAGAGCUCGUUAGAGAGAAGAUGAUGGAAUGUCAUUUCAGGUUUCGGCACCAGAUGGCACUGGUGCCUUGUGUCCUGACUCUAAACCAAGAUGGGAGUGUGUGGGUGACACUAGUGAAACCAGCAAGAGCUAUCACACCUGGGCAGUUUGCUGUUUUCUACAAGGGUGACGAGUGCCUGGGCAGUGGGAAGAUCCUGAGGGUGGGCCCAUCAGUGUAUACCAUGCAGCAGGGCAAAAACCGAGAGGAGAGUGCAAAGAAGGAAGAGAUCGACAAAAUAGAACCAGCAACAUAA